AUGGCGACCACAACAGCGACCGUAAUCCAAAGCAACCACCCCCCCAUCCUCCCCAAGGAUUUCUCCGCACAGCAGCCGGAGACGAUUCGCCUUUACCCCUUGUCCAACUACACAUUUGGUACCAAAGAAACACAGCCAGAGGAAGAUCCAUCAGUGCUGGCCCGUUUAAAGCGGCUGGAAGAGCAUUAUGAGAUCCAUGGCAUGCGGCGCACGUGCGAGGGUGUGCUGGUCUGUCACGAACACAAUCACCCGCACGUCCUGAUGCUGCAAAUCGCCAAUGCUUUCUUCAAACUCCCGGGCGACUAUCUUCACCACGAGGACGAAGAGGUUGAUGGAUUCAAGAAGCGGUUGAACGAGCGCCUGGCCCCAGUGGGCUCGCAAUUUUCCGGCGAGGGAGUCAACGAAGAUUGGGAAAUUGGCGAUACUCUGGCACAGUGGUGGCGCCCCAACUUCGAAACGUUCAUGUACCCGUUUCUGCCAGGUCACGUCACACGGCCCAAGGAAUGUAAGAAGCUGUACUUUAUCCAGCUGCCCAAGAAGAAGGUCCUCUCGGUUCCCAAGAACAUGAAGCUGCUGGCGGUUCCGUUGUUCGAACUGUACGACAACACCGCCCGGUAUGGUCCUCAACUCUCCGCGAUCCCCCACCUCCUUUCGCGAUACAACUUCGAGUUCGUGGACGAGAACGACAACGUGGUGGCUGUCACCCCGGGCACGCCAUCCGACCAUCUGCCCCGCACGAAAGUGCUGGCGGGAGGCGACGACGACGGCCAGGACACCGGCAUGACUGACGUGAAGCAGAAUGGAUACGAGAAUGGAGACGACGUGCUGUAG